CCUCCUCUUCCUCCUCCAGGAUGGUCUUCUUCACCUGUGACGGCUGUGGAGAGUCCCUGAAGAAGGCUCAGGUGGAGAAACACCUGCUGAAGUGUCGCUCCUGUCAGGUUCUGUCCUGCAUCGACUGCGGCGCAGACUUCAGAGGCGAUGACUAUAAGAGCCACAACCGCUGCAUCAGUGAAGAUCAGAAAUAUGGAGGACGAGACUUCCAGGCCAGAGCCAAUAAAGGAGACCUGAAGCAGCAGCAGUGGAUAGAGAGGGUUCAGGAGGCCGUCAGCCGGCCGGAUGUGGGGUCAGAGCUGCAGCAGGUCCUGCGCCGCCUCAGUGUGUAUGAGAACGUGCCCCGCAAGAAAGCCAAGUUUGAGAACUGGAUGAGGAACUGCCUGAAGAUCCACAGUCCACAUUUACUGAAGCAGGUCUGGGAGAUUCUGUCCACGGCGGCAGACAGCAAUGGAAAACAAGCGAAUCAAGAGACAAUAGAGGACCGAACCGACCUGAAGAACGGCACUGAGGAGGAGGAAGACCAGCAGAAGAAGAAGAAGAAGAAGAACAGAGAAGCGGAGCAGCAGAAUGGACACGAGAAGCAAACAAAGAAACAGAAGAGGAAGAGAGAACAGAACGAACAGAACACAGACACAAAGACCAACAAGAGACAGAAGAAGAGCAAGCAGGAAGUGCCUGACGAUAGCCUGAAUGAGGAAGGGGAGGAGCCAGACAACCAAGAGCCUGAACCAAACUCUUCAGCAGGGAAGUUUAAUUGGAAAGGCACGAUAAAGGCAGUUCUGAGAGAUGCUCCUGAAGAAGGACUCGCUGUCAAAAAACUGCGCAAGAAGGUUUUAGCUGCGUAUUAUUCCUUCAGUGGAGACAGAAACUACAGGUCUGAAGAGGAGCUGCUGUCUCUGUUCAACAGGAAGAUCAACACCAACCCCAAGUUUAAGAUCCUGAAGGACAGAGUGAGACUGCUCAAAUGAUGAUAAUAAACAUCAUAAUGAUAAUCCCUGAGCAAACACGCGUCCGUCUGUGUGUUUAGUUCAGUCCUGCCUGACGCUGCACACACUCGACAUCAGUCGUUUCUGUUGUGUGUUAUAUUUGAUAAGUGACAUUAUUGUUAUUUUAAGGCCGGUUUAUGUCAGUGAUUAUAUGAUGGAUUACAGAAUGUCUGUAGUUUUCAUGAAGCUCCUCCAUUUCUUCAUCUGUCAGUGAACACUGAUGGUUAUGGAGUUAUUUCAGAGAUUAGAUGAGACCACAGGCUGUACAAUCAGAUCAGAUGAGGCUGACAUUCAUUAAUAUGUAAACAUGAUGUGGGAUUUAUAAUGCAUAAACAAAUAUGACUGAGCUCA